AUGAGACCCUGGAACUCACUAUUCACCGAGCAAUCUCGUAUGCCAGGCGAUCGCUACCGAGCCACUUUCCGCGCUGUUCUUUCUUCCUCCACUUUUUCUUUAUCCGAUCAGAACGUAUCUCCCUUGCUGUCUCCUGCUAGCCUUUCUUUCUCCUUUUUUAAGGAGAUCCAAAUUCCCAAAGCUCCAGUGUAUAUGAUCGACAUCACAUCGUUUAAUAAGUGGCAUGAAGAGAGCCAAAUAGAUCCAACCCAACCCAUGUAUACACCCGAGAAACCUCCUCGUGUCUAUUGUGAUUACCGACCUUUUAAACCCGAGUUUUACUUUAAUCUUAGGCGUCAGUUUGCUAACGAAUACGCUUACAAUAUGCAAGCUUAUCAGCAAACUUAA